AUGACCUCGAACGACCGCCACGCGUCCCAUGACUCUCCGUACCGCACAGGGAGACAUGUUCCCCUCAGCCAAAGUCGCCACGAGCCACUCACAUCCAUCGCAACGAGUGCCAUCGAAUCUCGCCAGGACCUGACAGAUCCCUAUGAAGAUGGGCAGCCUAAGGCGUCGAAUGGAUGGGUUGGAUCCCCUAGCGGAGUGAGCUCUCCUAACCGGCCCUACUCGCCCGGCAUGCGGUCGCUUUCCUCGCAGAUGCGGGGAUCAAAUGACCGGCAGGUUUCCCCCCCGGAUGGAGCGGGUGAGAUCCAGAUGCAGAGCUUCCACGACGGUGCUCCGCCGCCGCCUCCCGUCAGCCACUCAUGGAGAAAGAUCGAGCGCUGGCUCGAGGAAAACUACGAAGAGCUUCUCGACAACCUGUGCGAAGGAUGCACCCAGAACGACAUCAAUGAGCUGGAACACGAGCUCGAUUGCAGUCUGCCACUAGAGGUCCGCGAGUCGCUUAUGCUGCACGACGGCCAGGAGCGGGGUGGCCUGCCAACAGGCGUCUUCUUCGGCUGCAUGCUUCUGGACUGCGAGGAAAUCGUGCAGGAAUGGAAAAACUGGAGGGUUGUGAACGACGAAUUUCUCAACGCAUCCGCCCUAAUGAGCCAGCAGCUCCCUCCGAAGGCCGGGGCCAGCUCCUCGGCUGCGGCCUCUUCGCAGACCUCCAAUCCGCUGUGGCGACAGGAGCUUCAGGAACGACAGGAUUCGCAGCCCCCGGGCGCUGUCCAGAAAGCCUACGCGCACCCGAGCUGGAUCCCUGUGGCCCGAGACUGGGGUGGCAACAACAUCGCCAUUGAUCUGGCUCCGGGCCCUGCCGGCAAAUGGGGGCAGGUGAUCAUCUUUGGCCGCGACUACGAUUGCAAAUACGUGAUUGCUCGGUCCUGGGCAGCUUUCUUGGCAACGAUGGGCGAUGAUAUCUGCAGCGGGAAGGUGCACGUGGAUGAAGAGACGAACGAGAUGAAGUUGCGCGAGUUCCAGCGCCAGAACGUGGAGCCCCCUUACCUGGAGAUCCUCCGCUGGAGAACAGACCAGAGAUGUGGGCGGCGCCCCCCUCGACGCUCCAAGGGCCCCAAUGGCCUUGGGCUCAAUACGCACGCCGGCAACCGGUCUAGCCGAGACUCUCCCUACGGUAGUCCUACUCCCAGCGAGGAGCGUGGCAGAUCACCCCAUCGCUUCCCCAACCGUGGAUCGACCCAGAGUCCCAAAACUCAAUUCGGACUGUCAAGCCCCCUUGCCCGUGUGACAGAAGAGACCACUACCAGCCCUGUUAAGAUGGCCACUGAUGAAAGUGUGCUCAAGGAGACGAUGAAGGAAAACGUCAAGAAAGAUGAGGCCGAGGAGGAUCUGAUUCAAGUAGCUACACCCCUGGUACCAAGCUCUGGAGUCCUGGCCGACUCCGAGGAGCAGGUGGAGGAGCAGACGCCAUUGAGCUCAGAAAAGACCGAUGUCUCGAAGGCCGGACCGAAAGACCGCCCAUCGACCACGUUGGACACGGAGAUCUUGGGCGAAAUGAAGAACGUUGCAAUCUAG